CGGUCCACGUCAUCACGCAGCACGCACAGCAGCAGUGUAAAUGAAUGUGAGGCGGAAUGACAGUCCACCGUGUGAAACCUGACGAGAAGUUUAAAACUCCGUGAAACAGCGGCCGGUCCGAGCUCAGACGAGGGCUCGAUCAUGACUCACGGCGAUGACUGCUGCACGACGGCAGAAGAUGGAGUGGAGAGCGACCAGCAGCAGCAGCCUCUCAUCCUGGAAAGAUUGGAGAAGCAACAGGACAAGAACUGGAAAUCCGUCGUGUCGCAUCAGCUCAAGAAACGCUGCUCGUGCACGGCGGAGAGAGCCAAAUCCAAAAUACUGGGCUUCGCUCCGAUUUUGAGAUGGCUGCCACGCUACCAGCUCAGGGAAUGGCUGCUCGGGGACGCCAUGUCAGGACUUAUUGUUGGUAUCCUAUUGGUCCCCCAGUCUAUAGCCUACUCCUUACUGGCCAGUCAGGACCCAAUAUAUGGGCUCUACACAUCUUUCUUCUCAUCCAUCAUCUAUGCCAUCUUAGGCACCUCCAGACACAUUUCCGUGGGGAUCUUCGGCGUGCUGUGCCUGCUUGUGGGUCAGGUUGUGGACAGGGAGUUGGCUUUGGCAGGAUACCUCACAGAAAGCAGCGUCAGUAGUAACAGUAGUGGCAUUCUGCUGGCAGGCCAGAGGAAUGACAGUGUUGGGGUUGAAUGUGACAGAAGCUGCUAUGCGAUCACAGUGGGCGCUACAGUUACCUUUACUGCUGGAGUUUACCAGGUGCUCAUGGGCAUUUUCCAGGUGGGCUUUGUGUCCGUCUACCUCUCCAACUCUCUCCUCAGUGGCUUCGCUACAGGAGCCUCCCUGACCAUCCUCACUUCGCAGUUCAAGUACCUUCUGGGCCUGAAGAUCCCCAGGCCUCAGGGCUGGUUCACUCUGUUCAAGACGUGGUACAGCCUGCUCAGCAAUCUGGGAAACACCAACAUCUGUGACCUGGUGACCAGUUUGGUGUGUUUGCUGGUACUGAUACCUACCAAAGAGCUCAACGAUCGCUUUAAAGGCAAGCUGAAGGCUCCGAUUCCCUUUGAACUCUUCGUGGUGAUAAUCGCGACACUGGCUUCUCAUUUCGGCCACUUCAACACCGACUACGGGUCGGGCGUGGCUGGUGACAUCCCCACAGGCUUCCUCCCUCCUCAGAUGCCCAUGUGGACGCUGAUCCCCAACGUGGCUGUCGACGCUUUCUCCAUCGCCAUCGUGGGGUUCGCCAUCACCGUCUCGCUGUCGGAGAUGUUUGCCAAGAAGCACGGCUACACGGUGGACGCCAACCAGGAGAUGUACGCCAUCGGCUUCUGCAACAUCCUGCCGUCGUUCUUCCGCUGCUUCACCACCAGUGCUGCGCUGACUAAGACCCUCGUCAAGGAGUCCACGGGGUGCCAGACUCAGGUUUCGGGGCUGGUCAGCGCUCUCGUCCUGCUGCUGGUCCUGCUCGUUAUCGCACCGCUCUUCUAUUCCCUUCAAAAAUGUGUUUUAGCCGUCAUCAUCGUGGUUAACCUUCGCGGAGCUUUACGAAAGUUCACCGAAAUUCCCCACAUGUGGCGCGCCAACCGUAUCGACGCCUCCAUCUGGCUGAUCACCAUGGCCACAUCUGCGCUGGUCAACACAGAGCUAGGUCUCCUCGUGGGGGUUUUAGUUUCGGCUUUCUGCGUCCUGGGCCGAACCCAACAAGCCCAGGUCCUGGAGCUCGGCCGGGCUACAACCAGAGAGCAUUAUGAGGACCUGUCGUCCUACCGGGGCCUUGGAACACAUCCAGGAGUGGCUGUUUUUAGAUAUGGCGCUCCAAUCUAUUAUGCCAACCAGAGCUUGUUCAAAAAAUCUCUCUACAGGUGUGUAGGACUUGAUCCUGUGAAGGAGAAAGCCUACCGUAUUAAGUUCAACAAGAAGAACAAGAAGCAGGGAAAGAACACAAAUAUGAAGUCGGAGGAGAAGGAGGCUGCAGGUAAAGCGGACGAGGUCGAAGCUGGUGUGACUGCAACCUUCAUGAACUCUUCCUGUAGCUUACGCAGCUUGGUGAUCGACUGCAGCACCAUCUUGUUUGUAGAUACCGCUGGAGUGAACGCUCUUAAAGAGGUCCGUAAAGAUUACGGAGAACUGGGGAUCAAAGUCGUCCUGGCCCAGUGUAGUGCCUCGGUACUGGACGAUCUGGAAAGAGGGGGAUAUUACCCCGGAGAUGAAGAAAACAGAGUCAUAUUCUUCACCAUCGCAGACGCCGUCCACUACCUGCAAAGCCUCCCCACUCCUAACGGAGAUUAUGACGGCAAAUGCUAAAAAAUAUGUCCAAAUAUGUGUUUACAUGUUUACAUCUCGCAUAAUACAAAAGAAAAGUUGCCUUCUGUAUGUGCCUUAAAGUCCUUCCUGCACCUAUACUUCAUAACUAAAGUGCUACGAGCAUUUAAUACAUUGUCCUUAUAGAAACGAAGCCAAAGUACAUAGAACACCCACCAAUAUUAGACUAGACUGAUGUAUAUGAAAUGAAUUAGUUUGGUUAGCUUUGUUGGGACAAAAAGAAAUGCUGCUUUGAGGAAGACUUCCGAAUGAAGUUUCAGUUUUUAGAUCUCCUCAGAGUUCUUCCUCUUAAGUUAAAUGUGUACAGUUUAUUCCCCACGUGCUGAUUUUAAAAUAUCACCAGACUGUGCCUGAACAUGAAUGCGUUGUUACAAAUAGCCGUUAAUGACAGUGACAAUGGAGGGAAAAGUGUAUUUUUUUCCUGUGGGAAAGACUCGUCCAUGUUUACAAAGCCAUAAAGUAGUAAAUGAUUGUUUAAAUACAAAUGAAUGGGAGGCGCUGAUGGGUGAGAAUGCUGAAGCAGACAAUAGUUUUCUGUUUGCCUUUACUGUACAAAUGUACACUGUGAAUGUUUUCAUAUCAGGUCCUUGGACGUACGAAUGUCAGUCACCUUUUAAUGUUACAACUGGACUUUCUUGUUCUUCCAGAGAGCACCAUUUAGACAAUCAACCCCAACCCCAAUCUUUUUGUUACCUUGAGGUGAAGUUUCCUCAGUUAUUUAAAGAGAACUAAGGUCAUGUUUUCAGAGCACUGGAUGUAGUUUGUUCUUAAUCUGUUUGCUGAGGGCGACAACAUUACUGACGUAGCUUUAGUCUCUGUUACAGUGCUGUAGCUUGGUAAAUACACCAACUGAUGAAUAAGGGGCAAAGUUUAAGUUACAAAAACCUGCACUGGACGCCGUGUGAGUCCGUUUUGUUGGUUUGAACGAGUUGUGCCAGUCAAACUUUAAACUAGCUCAUUUCUUUGUAUGUAAGAGAAUGGCUCAUCAAACUAUAAGCCAGUUUUUAUUGCCAUUUAAAUUAUCAAAGGGCCAUUCAUUUUUAGAGUUUCUUUUCUUUUUCCCGAUGUAAAUACACAGUCACAAGAGGCUGAAUCAGUUUGUCUUAGUCGAGGGUCGUGAAGUUUUAAUUUGAAUUUUCUCUUUAACACACAAACAUAAAGGAAGCAUGACACCAUGACAUUCAUGUGUCGCUGUAACCAAACCGGCCACAUUAAACUACUUAGUAGCAUUAUUUACAUAGCACUUAGAACAUUGUUACAAAGUUCACGUUAAUGAAGUAGUGACUUGUAACGCUACUGUAUGAGUUUAAAACAAAACGAUCACAGCUUUUUUGUAUUAAUCAGCAGUUUUUUUGUUUUUUAAACCAAAAAUGAACUGAACACACGAGUAAAAGUUCAUUUUCUUUACUCAUCACUUCUUCUUCCUGUUUGUCACACUUUGCCUGAACAGCUCAUCCUCCUACAAGACAAGGACAAGUGUCACAGUAUCAAGUAAAACUCACACUUACUGGUUGGAGCAUUACAAAGUUCAGUUAUCCCAUAAUUAAGAAUGUUUAAUUGUAAUAUACUCACAUAUAUCAAACAUAUAUGCAAAAAAUGCAAAAUAUGAGAGUUUAUUUUCUGUUUGAAUACAUUUAAAUAUAUGCUGAACAUGUGCCUUAAUAUGCACUAUAUAAAUUGUGGACAAGGAUACAGUAUGUGCUUAAAAAAGUGUCUUUGUGGUUGAACACACAACUGUCUGUUUUAUUGAAUUUAUAUUUAUAGUUCAUUGUAAUUGUCAGCACCGCGUCUAUGCACAAAUAUUAUGUAUCCAAAGUGUACUGUUACAUGAAUCAGUUUAACCGUCACCAUCUAAACGCAGCUCUGUGUAUUGACACAACACGUCUGUCAUUUUUUUAAACUU